ACUAACGUGAACCACACUUUAUUCUCUGACUGAUUUACAAUUUUACAGUAUUAAUCUGGAUUAUUUGUCGUUAUCCGUGCCUGUAGUGUUGCUGAAUUUGAACUCGUGGUGCACGGGCGACGUGCAUGUGCUCACACACAGUGGGAGAACCGGGGUUUUUACAUCUGGCCAUGACUAAUUGUGUUUCUCUCUGGUUGUCGCCUCCCUGUGGUUACAUCGUUUACUCUGCCUUUCCUUCUCUCCCACUUUCCUUUUUCUCUCUGCCUCCUCUGUCAUUUUAACACUAUACCAGUGCGAUACGUCACUCUGGGGCUCCUUGUAUGGGCAACACAGAGGCAAUAAAUAACUGCAAUAAUGAGUAAAAAAUAGAUCUGUGCUUCAACCAAAGGAGCAGCAAAGGCAGUGGAUUGAAGGCAGUGACUGGUUUCCUGGUUUGGAGGGAUGAAAAACAGUGAAAGGAAUGGGAGGGGGAGAGAGAGAGAGAGAGAGAGAGACUAAGUUGAGCCCAUUCUUGGUGUCUAAUGGUCACUUAGCCUGGCAGCCAGUCCAUAAAGCUGUGAGACUGUCAAUCUGUCAAAAUGCAGCCAGCUCCUUCCUCACUCCAUCAACACUCACACUCACACACACUCACACACACACACACACACAGGGCUCUGUCUUUGAUGUUUGCUGCAGGGCUCCUCCAAAGAAGUCACAGCACAGUAUAAUGGAUGUGGCGUUGUCACACGGCGUUCACAGAUCUCCUUUGAUCAGUGUGUGGUUAAGGACCAGAUACUUAUGUCACCAGGCCUAGUUAGUGAUUCAUGUAUUCUCUGUAAUCCUCCUGGCAAAUAAUGCUCAUAAAAACCCACAGAAGACUCCGAUCUUUUUGUCUUUUCUCAUUGCAGUUUUGUAAACGGUCAAUGCUUCUGUGCGAGGUAUAUUUUCCAUUUAGUUCUGUGUCUUUACAGAGUGUAAACACAGACCUGUAUUUUUAUUUUUUUAUUUCCCGUCUUAGCGCUUUUCAAAUCGUGACAUACACUGGUGUUGUCAAAUGGUAAGUGGCUCUGAUUGUUUCACCUAGCAUUGAUCAGUGAGUAGUACUAGAGUAGUGAGAGUUUACAUUUGAAUAUGAAGCCCUGGGAACACAUCCACAUUCAGCUGUGUCUCUAGGCAAGAUACUAAACUCCAGGACGCCCCAGGUUCAUUCACCUCCACAAGUUCAGUGAGAAAGAAUCAGGUAAAAAAAAAAAAAAUUGCCUCCUGUUCAAACCUGGUAGUGAUUUAUACUUAGAAAAAAUGUCAUUAGCAAAAAAGGAAGGCAGGGGAAAACCAUAGGCCCAGAAGUUCAACACCAUUAAACACUUCUAAAGUUUACCUUUUAUUUCUUGUUUUCCCUUCCCACCUCUGUCUCAUUUCAGGGCCGGCACAUACACCCUUUCACGAUGCUUGUCAGCCUCCACCCUUCUCCCUCCCAUCUUCAGGACAAGCACUUUGUCUCUCCUCCUUCCUCCCCGCACCACCCUCAAGCUUCUCCUCUUCCUCUGCGCCAACCACUUCUGCGGCCUCAGCUGACACCGACCUUCCUGUCCUUGUCCUUUUCUCUGCUUCUGAUGUCUGUCCUCCUGCUGCCGGUCUGCGAGUCACGCAGAGGUGGAGGUCCAGGUCCAGGGCCUGGGGGUGCUCCAGGGGGACAAGGUGGCCAGCGUGGAGGAAACACCCAGAGAGGCGUCAUCAUCCCGCCUCAGUUCUCUCCUGGAUCCCCAGCACUUCCACCCAUAAGCCCCAAACUGAUCAACUCUCUCAGUAUCGCCGUCAUCCUGGUGGGCAACUCUACUGAAGUGUCUCUGGGGGCAGGGCUGGAGAAGGAGGACUUCCUCCACAUCCCCUACCCUCCCAAAGUGGAGGUGGUCACCAUGAAUGAAACUGACCCCAAGAGCAUCAUCAAUAGAAUCUGUGGACAAAUGUCACGGAAUUCCUUGCAAGGGGUUGUGUUUGGUGACGACACCGACCAAGAGGCCAUCGCUCAGAUCCUGGACUUCAUCUCAGCUCAGACACACAUCCCCAUCCUGGGCAUCAGGGGAGGAUCAGCCAUGGUCAUGGCUGCCAAGGAUGACAACUCCAUGUUUUUCCAGUUCGGACCAUCCAUCGAGCAGCAGGCCUCUGUCAUGCUGAACAUCAUGGAGGAGUAUGACUGGUACAUAUUCUCCAUCGUCACCACCUACUACCCCGGCUACCAGGACUUUGUCAACAAGAUUCGCAGCACCAUUGAGAACAGCUUCGUGGGAUGGGAACUCGAGGAGGUCCUCCUGCUGGACAUGUCUGUGGAUGACGGCGACUCCAAAAUCCAGAACCAGAUGAAGAAACUGCAGAGUCCCGUCAUCCUGCUCUACUGCACCAAGGAGGAGGCCAGCACCAUCUUUGAAGUGGCCCACUCUGUGGGCCUCACUGGCUACGGCUUCACCUGGAUUGUGCCCUCCCUGGUGGCUGGAGAUGCAGACCACGUCCCCGCUGUCUUCCCCACAGGGAUUAUUUCAGUGUCGUACGAUGAAUGGGACUACAACAUCGAGGCCAGGGUGCGCGACGCAGUGGCUGUUAUAGCCACAGCUACCUCUACAAUGAUACUGGACCGAGGGCCACACACGCUGAUGAAGUCCAGCUGCCUCGGCACGCCGGACAAGAAGGGCUCCAACACCGGCCACUCCAAGGAAAUCCUCAAGUACCUCAUGAAUGUUACAUUUGAAGGCCGGAAUCUGUCGUUCAGUGAAGAAGGUCAUCAGAUGUUCCCCAAGCUGGUCAUCAUUCUUCUGGACAAGGACAGACAGUGGGACAGGGUUGGCAAAUGGGAACGCGGCUCUUUGACGAUGAGGUACCACGUGUGGCCUCGGUUUGAGUUGUACUCCGCAGCGGAGGAGAGAAAAGACCACCUGUCUAUCGUGACUCUAGAAGAAGCUCCAUUUGUCAUUGUGGAGGACGUUGACCCGCUGAGUGGGACCUGCAUGAGAAACACUGUGCCGUGUCGGAAACAGCUUAAACUCAGUAACCACACAGGAGAUUCAGGGAUUUACAUCAAACGCUGCUGCAAAGGUUUCUGUAUCGACAUCCUGAAGAAAAUCGCCAAGAUGGUGAAGUUCACCUACGACCUCUACCUGGUCACCAACGGCAAACACGGCAAGAAGGUCAACGGCACCUGGAACGGCAUGGUGGGAGAGGUGGUGUUGAAGAAUGCUCACAUGGCCGUGGGUUCACUCACCAUCAACGAAGAGAGGUCAGAGGUCAUUGACUUCUCUGUGCCCUUCAUUGAGACAGGAAUCAGCGUCAUGGUCUCUCGUAGCAACGGCACCGUCUCCCCGUCAGCCUUCCUCGAGCCUUUUAGCGCUGAUGUCUGGGUGAUGAUGUUUGUGAUGUUGCUGAUUGUGUCAGCUGUGGCCGUGUUCGUGUUUGAGUACUUCAGCCCGGUGGGUUACAAUCGCUGUCUGGCAGACGGUCGAGAGCCUGGAGGUCCCUCCUUUACCAUUGGUAAGGCGGUCUGGCUGCUCUGGGGUCUGGUCUUCAACAACUCUGUGCCUGUGCAGAAUCCAAAAGGCACCACCAGUAAGAUCAUGGUGUCCGUGUGGGCCUUCUUCGCUGUCAUCUUCCUGGCCUCCUACACUGCCAACCUAGCUGCCUUCAUGAUCCAGGAGGAGUACGUCGACCAGGUGUCGGGCCUGUCCGACAAAAAGUUCCAGAAGCCAAAUGAAUUUUCUCCGCCCUUCCGGUUUGGAACGGUGCCCAAUGGGAGCACGGAGCGCAACAUCCGCAACAACUACAGGGACAUGCAUUCCUACAUGACCAGUUUUCACCAGAAGAAUGUUGACGAAGCGCUGUACAGUCUGAAAACUGGGAAACUCGACGCCUUUAUCUACGACGCUGCUGUGCUCAACUACAUGGCGGGCAGAGAUGAGGGCUGUAAACUGGUCACCAUUGGGAGUGGAAAGGUGUUCGCCUCCACUGGUUACGGCAUCGCCAUCCAGAAGGAUUCGGGCUGGAAGCGAGCUGUGGAUCUGGCCAUACUCAUGCUUUUUGGAGACGGUGAGAUGGAGGAGCUGGAGGCCCUGUGGCUGACGGGCAUCUGCCACAAUGAGAAGAAUGAGGUUAUGAGCAGCCAGCUGGAUGUGGACAACAUGGCAGGAGUUUUCUACAUGCUGGGAGCCGCCAUGAUUCUGUCGCUCAUCACCUUCAUCUGUGAACAUUUGUUCUACUGGCAGCUGCGCUUCUGCUUCAUGGGCGUGUGCUCGGGAACCCCUGGGUUCACCUUCUCCAUCAGCAGAGGCAUCUACAGCUGCAUCCAUGGGGUACAGAUUGAGGAAAACAAAACGCCCACAGAUUCACCCUCUGCCACCAUGAAGAAGAACAUGAACAACACUCAUUCCAACAUCCUGCGUUUGCUCCGCACUGCGAAGGACAUGACUGCUGUCCCAGGAAUAAAUGGCUCUCCUCACCCCGCCCUGGAAUAUAGUCACAGCGGCCGUGAGUCGGCUAUCUAUGACAUCCAGGAGCACCGCCGCAGCCUGGUGGCUCACCCUUCAGACUGUAAAUCGGCACCGCCUUACCUGCCGGAGGACAACAUGUUCACUGACUACAUCGGCGAUGUGGAGAGGACUUUUGGCAACUUGCCCCUGAAGGAUAACAACUUGUACCAGGACCAUUAUCGGCACCACCACCCGCCCUCAGCUCUGGGUAUGUCUGGGCCCCCACCUAAUAGGCCGCGUAGCUUAGGGAGCGCUAGCUCGCUGGAGGCCGGCAUAUUUGAUUGUGACAGUUUGGGGGGAGGUGUCACACCCAUUUUUACCACCCAGCCACGCCCCUCCAUGACUCACAGGAAUACAAAUAAGUUUGACCUGAUCGCUGGUCACAGCCCUGCGGAGUCCAACCAGGGUGGGUUCAAGGGAAGCAAUGUUUACGGCAGGUUUUCUUUCAAAGGAGGUGCAUCCAGCACUGGGCUGAUCGGGGGUCAUGACAGGUGCUGUGGGGGGGGUGGGGGAGGCUCAGGGGGUGACGAUGGGAACAUCCGCUCUGAUGUAUCGGAUAUCUCCACCCACACUGUUACCUACGGCAACCUGGAAGGCAACGCCAAGCGGCGUAAGCAGUACAGGGACAGCCUGAAAAAGAGGCCAGCCUCGGCCAAGUGCAGACGGGAGCAGGACGAGAUAGAGCUGAGUGGCUUCAGGAGGAGACCCCACCACCACACCGUCCACCACCACUUCCCUCACGGUCCCAUGGCACACCGCACGGUCUCACCUCCCUUGGAGCGGAGGAGGGGAGGAGCAGUGGGUAAUUCUUCACCUUAUUUGUUCCGCAAAGAAAAAGAGAACCUGAGAGAUUUCUAUGCGGACCAGUUCCGCUCCAUGGAGGGCAAGGCCAAAUGGGAGCAGGAGGGUGGAAGUGGAGGAAGUGGUGUGGGCGGUGGUAGCGGUGGAGGUAUCUGUAAAAGCUUGGUGCCUGUUGAAGACUUCCUCAAAGGUAAAGGAAAAAAGCCAGAGAGUAAAGGUGGGAUGGGCUCAGUUGCAGCAGGCCUGCAGGGACACACCUGCUGGGACAAGGGAGGGUCCGGUCUAGGAGGAGGCGGAAUUGCGGGGGGUGACUGGGAGUGUCGUAACUGUCACAGCGUGUGCCACCACAGCGGUGGCGGUGGGAACACGUGCUCAGCUAGCGGAGUUGGGGGGAGCAGCAGUCGCCCGAGCUCUGCUACCUGCAAACGCUGCGACUCCUGUAAGAUUCAGCCGAGCAACCUUUACAACAUCAGUGAGGACAAUAAUCUGGUCUUCACAGGAGGGAAGGCUAGCGUGGGAACCAGCCAAACCCAAACACAGGCACAGCGCAGGAAGCUAGGGCCAGGCGGGAGGGUCUUACGAAGGCAGCACUCCUAUGAUACAUUUGUGGACCUGCAAAGGGAGGGCGCAAGCCGCAUGGCAGGGGUAGGUGGAGGUGCUGGGGGGCAGUUUCCCCAACCCCGGAGUGUGAGCUUGAAAGACAAAGACCGUUUCAUGGAGGGCCCCAGUCCUUACGCUCACUUGUUUGAGAGGUACGCAGCGGACAGGGAGUCCCCCAUGUUUGGAGGCGUAGGUGGCGACAGGGCAAAAGGAGGCUCCUCUUUCAGUUUGUUUCGUGGAGGUGAGGGUGGGUUGCAUCGGCGGUCAGUGGGGGAGAGAGACCUGAGGGACAGAGAUAGAGCGAUGAUGGGUGGUGGUGUUGGUAGCCGAGGGGCCGGGACUUACUCCUUGUCUAAAUCUCUCUACCCAGAUAAGGUGAACCAGAACCCCUUCAUCCCAACCUUCGGGGACGACCAGUGUCUAUUACACGGUGCCAAACCGUACUACAUCAAAAAGCCUCAGGCGCAGCCACAGCAGCAGCAGCAGCAGAUUCUCAACAACAGCCGAGGAGGAGGGGACUUCCGCGGCUCCAUGGGAGUAACUUCCUAUUUGCCUGCGUCCGCUACGGCUGGGGUGAUGUCAAAUGUGGCCCCCAGGUUCCCCAAAGAGCUGUGUUUAGGUGGGGUGGGAGGGCCCAUGGGGAACCACCAUGUGGCCAACAAGCUUCUGGCCGGAGGCAGAGACACAUUAGGUUUGGGGCAGAGCCAGAGACCCUUCAGCAGUGCCAGCAACGGACACGUUUAUGAGAAGCUCUCGAGCAUCGAGUCGGACGUCUGAGGGUGAACAUGGAGGAAGAGAAGAGGAAGUGGGUGAGGAAAAAAGAGGGGAAGAAUAGAGAAACAGCUCCGACUAAUGACCGCUCUGUGUGAAGAGAAUAUGGAAACACUCAUACGCCGCGUGUUCUCAUUACGGAGACACAGAAGGAAAUUGGACAGUGUGCAGAGGCCACUGCUGACAAAGCUGUCAUAAAGUCCAGGGGGACUCAAGUUUUUAAUGACAAGGAUGAUUCUGCUGGGGCUCAGACUCCCCGGAAAAAACAGAGAGGGAGGAACGAGGGAGGAGAAUCAUCUGAAACAAAAAACCUCCGGUCUUGUCACAGGUUCCGUGUUUUGCCCUCCUUCCCGCAGUUCCGUAACACCAAAACACAAGAUUUUUUUCACAAGAGAAAUACAAUCAUCUACGAGAAAUCAACGCUUCUGUCGAAGUAACAGGGUAACUUUAAAAACUGUAUUGAUAAUGUUCAUAAUAUUGGUGGAUAUUCUUAUGGUGUUUACUCAUGAUCGGUUUGCAUUGGUUUUUCAAUUUAUUUAAAUAGUUCAUGUGACAUAUUUGUACGAUGUCAAUUCUUUCUAAGCUUACCAAGAUUACAGGGGACUAGUCAGUGU